CUGCUGCAGGGACGACCCGUACAUCUUCAGUAGUGCAAGCCUCUGAAAGACCAACAACAUCAAGGCCACAGGCUGGAGCUACCGUGGAUCAACCUCCCCAGGAGACGGGAAUAAAUGAUACUCCUGACUCGGUACCGACAGCACCACCACGUCCUGAUGGCACUACAGAGGGGAGCGGGAAUGAGGCAUCAGGGGAAUCGGAGAUGUCCCAUUUACCAAAUGGGAGCGGUGUUACCCAGGGAUCUGGAAUUACUGAGGAUCAUGAGCCGACCAUCAAUUCUGUAACCGGUUCUACCGGGAGCUCACAGAAUAAACAUAUUCAACUCUCCAGCCAGGCUGCCGGUAUUAUCGGGGCUACUAUUGGCGUCGUUCUCCUCUUGCUGAUCGGGCCGGAGAAGGCUGCAACUUCUCGACGGAGCCCAUAUCGCCGCCCAUUGUGUCUGGAUUAUCAGUCUACCCUGGCAAUAGAUGUGAUAGAUUUGAUGGGUCGUCAUUUUCGUCCAUUUUGGACCGGUCCAGUAUCUCAGGACUGGGGAGGCUCGCAUAGCCAGUGUUCAUCCAUGACAGCACUUUGGCCAAAAGGUCUGUUGGCGAGGAUCUUGGCUGGAGGCUCCAGAGAACAGUUCGCUCCCAUGAGCAUCAUGCAUGCACCAAAGACAGGACUAAUGGCAGGACCCGGAGCUCGUGGUUCUGUUGGGAUUACGACUUACCUAGGUACUUUGUCGACGGUGAUACAAAAUUUGUCCUUCCUUUUGUCUCAAGCGGUCGUUUCAAGGCUAGGAGAGAUUGAUGUCGCACAAACAGGAAAGACUGCUGUUGCUUGUUCCAGAAAGAGCGGCGUUGGCCUACAACAUGCUUUCUCAACAUUAGGCCGCCAAGUGGUAGAGUUCAAUGAAGAAGCUUUCGAGAAGGAGUUGGUCCCACCAUCGUCUAUGCCUGCUGCCUUCCUCAAGCGUUUGGUCGAACCGCUCCACUGUGUUGAGCUCGCGGAAUUGGGACAUGCUACAAGAAUG